GCACUUUUUUUUUCACUCGGUAGGAAUAAAGAACUCACGGAAUGUUGUUCCUGUUCCUGUAUGCCUGUGUUCUUCUCUGUUCAUUGUAUGCAUUUCUGAGCACACGCAAAUUUGAAUUUGACUUUCCUUUGUCUCUGUGGGUCGUUUCUUGUGCCCUUUGUCUCUGUGGGACGAAUGCUACACGUGCUUGAUAUCCUUUUUCUUGUCCACACUGCAGCGAUUAUAUAUCCUGUUGUGAAGAAACAACAUCAACUGCUUGUUACUCUUCUUCUAUGCAAUGCGGCAGCCAUGGAGGCGUUACCACUAUUUUUGGAUAAGAUGGUGCAUCCAGUAAUGGCGGUUGUCCUUUCUGUGACAUUUGUACUUCUCUUUGGCGAGGUUAUUCCUCAAGCUGUGUGCUCACACCAUGGACUUGCGAUUGGUGCCAGCAUGAUCUGGCUGGUAAAGCUACUAAUGAUGGUCUGCUAUGUAGUGGCGUACCCUCUUGGCAAGGUGCUUGACUGGAUGCUUGGUGAUGGGACGUCUGCUCUUUUUAGGCGAGCUCAGUUAAAAGCACUAGUAUCAAUUCAUUCUCGAGAGGCUGGCAAAGGAGGGGAGCUCACUCAUGAUGAAACAACAAUUAUCAGUGGAGCACUUGACCUGACUGGAAAGAUUGCAAAGGAGGCAAUGACACCGAUCGAGUCAAUGUUUUCACUGGACGUCAAUUCUCGGCUUGACAGGGAUGUUAUGAACCAAAUUUUGCGAAGAGGACACAGUCGCAUCCCUGUUUAUUCGGGGUCUCCAAAGAACAUCAUUGGUUUGCUUCUGAUAAAGAAUCUCUUGCUGAUCAAUUUGGAUGAAGGAGUUCCCGUGAGCGCUGUUGCUAUAAGGAGAAUGCCGAGGGUUUACGAGGAUGUUCCACUCUAUGACAUGCUCAACGAGUUCCAAAAAGGUGGGAGUCAUAUGGCUGUCGUCGUGAGCAAGAAGCCAAUGCGAUCGAUUGUGGAUGCUAACAUUGGAGAGCGAAUGAGAGAAGCUAAGGAGGUGUCACUGACACCCAAGGGUGAGAAGAAGGAGGGGUCACAGACAUGGAAUAAACUCAUGGAAUUGAAAAGGCCAGCAUCCGAAACGAAGGAAAGAAAAUGGGUGGUGGAUUCAUGGGAAGAUAACGAAGAAGUGGUUGGCAUCAUCACUCUCGAAGAUGUGAUUGAAGAACUCUUGCAGGAGGAAAUUGUUGACGAGACGGAUGAAUAUGUUGAUGUCCACAGAAAGAUUCGUGUCUCAAUGAUGGCAGCUAUUGACAAAAGUCCUGAGCUGGUGGAAGACGACGGCCAGGAAAAGCUGAAUAGACAAGAAUCGAGCAGUUCUGCCACCUCUAGCCUAGCAGUUUCGACCUCUGCACAGCUAUGACCCCUACUUGACAGACCUACAGAUCGAACCCCUACAUCUACACAGACCUACGACAGACAAACAAUCAACUAACGAAACACAG